CUUACAAAGUAGUCAAACAGUGCUCUUCUGAGGUGUAAAGGAAAAGCAGCAGUCCAAAAUUUUCACCUCCGAUUCUCUCCGACUCCGAGGUCCGUCGUCGGCGUUGUCACGAAGUAGAGAGAACUCGCACCUCCCGCCACUCCCAUCGAGGUCGCGACGACGCUGGUGGGAAACAUCUGAUUUUGCUUCCAGUUCUCCAUUCCGAUUAGCAAUGGAAGACUCGACUAGCGGGGCGUCUCUUCCCUCAGUAGGCUCCGACGCGAAGAAGCGCCGCGUGACCUAUUUCUACGAGCCGACGAUCGGCAACUACUACUACGGACAGGGGCACCCGAUGAAGCCCCACCGCAUCAGAAUGGCGCAUAACCUAAUUGUUCACUACUCCCUCCACCGCCGUAUGGAGAUAAAUCGCCCUUUCGCUGCCGCCCGCGAUGACGUCCGGAAGUUCCACUCCGACGACUACAUCGACUUCCUCUCCUCCGUAUCCCCGGAAUCGGUUUCCGAUCCGGUCAAUGGACGUCAUCUCAAGAGAUUCAACGUGGGCGAGGAUUGUCCGGUGUUUGACGGGCUUUUCGGGUUUUGCCAGGCCUCGGCCGGUGGUUCGAUUGGCGCGGCGGUCAAGCUCAAUCGCGGCGAAGCCGACAUUGCAAUUAACUGGGCCGGUGGAUUGCACCACGCCAAGAAGAGCGAGGCCUCAGGGUUUUGCUAUGUGAAUGAUAUCGUGCUCGGAAUUCUCGAGCUUCUCAAGGUUCACAGGCGUGUGCUGUAUGUUGAUAUAGAUGUACACCAUGGAGAUGGAGUAGAGGAAGCAUUCUACACAACUGACAGGGUGAUGACCGUGUCUUUCCACAAGUAUGGAGACUUCUUUCCAGGAACUGGACAUAUUAAGGACGUUGGGGCUGGCCAAGGGAAGAACUAUGCCCUUAACAUUCCAUUGAAUGAUGGGAUUGAUGAUGACAGUUUCAGGAGAAUGUUUCAGCCUGUAAUGCAGAAAGUUAUGGAGGUUUAUCAGCCUGAUGCUGUGGUUCUUCAAUGUGGAGCAGAUUCCUUGACUGGUGACAGGUUGGGUUGCUUCAACUUGUCUGUGAAGGGCCAUGCUGAUUGCCUCCGUUUCCUGAGGUCUUUCAACGUUCCUCUAAUGGUUUUGGGUGGUGGUGGGUAUACCAUCCGAAAUGUGGCUCGUUGCUGGUGUUAUGAGACAGCGGUUGCAGUUGGAGUUGAGCCUGAUAACAAGCUGCCUUACAACGAGUAUUAUGAGUACUUUGGUCCUGAUUAUACACUUCAUGUGGAGCCUACCAAUAUUGAAAACUUAAACUCGCCGAAAGAUAUGGAGAAUAUAAGGAACAUGUUGCUGGAACAACUCAGUAGACUUCCUAAUGCACCCAGUGUGCCCUUUCAGACAACACCAUCUGUGACUGAAGCUCCAGAAGAGGAUGAAGAGGAGAUGGAUCAGAGACCGAGGCCUCGUAUAUGGAAUGGGGAGGAGUAUGAAGACUCGGAUCACGAGGAUGACCACAAGCCUCAGGCGAGAAGCUCUAACACCGACGAUGAGUCCGUCCAGAAUGGUGAAGCUAGGGAUGUGGCAGAUGGUAUGGAAGAUGAAAAACCAGAAGUGGAUAGUCGAUCUUGAUGUCGCUGGAAGUCUCGUCGCUCUGCUUUCUGUUAGGUGACCAUCUUUGUAACGUGUUAGCCGUAGAAAUUUCGAAGGGAUUAUACUUUUGGCAACGCAAGGGAAUACGUUUCGCAGGAGGAUGUUAAGAGAAGUUUGCUAGUUUAUGUGUUACAUGAUUCUGAUGUUGGUAUGUAACUGCCACUGGUAGUGUAAAGAAUGAAUGAAAGAAUAGUUAGAAGUUAGAACCAAGGCUUUUUAUUCAUAAAAAUUCUGCAUCAUAUAAUAUCCCUACACAGGUGAAUUAGAAGAAGAAAAAUAAAAAUUGAUUUACUUCCUUUGGACUUGGAAACACAUUCGUGACCCUAGCAAGCUCAAUGGUCAAUGGGAUUUGCCAGAAAAGCAAGCGCAUUGAAAGAACUUCCUGUCAGGACUGGCCAUGGAUGCUACUCUCUGAAUACGCGACGACGAAGAUGCAGACCUCGAAUUCUUCCGAGCACCGGUGGGCUGCUUUCUGGUUUCCUCCCAAUGAAGAAGAUCAAUGGCCUUCCCCUGGUGAACAACGGUGACUUGGCAGUAAUCUGGAGCAUUCUUCUUCACGUAUUCUGCUUUCCCCACUUUCUUUAUCAGCCUCCUGAUAUGACAUGAAAACCCAGAAACUAAAGCAAACGAACCCAUAUAUGAACUUAGUAGGCAAUUCAGACCUUUUCUUCAGGUACGAUAAGAGAGAGCAAGAAGGAAGGCGAUCGAGAAAACUCGUUCAUACGAGUUACCUAGGACGGGGGAGAAGCUUGGUGCCCAGUACGAGAUUGGUGAUGUUGAGAACAGGGAUGAGCUCAACAAUGGCUUUCCCUAUCUCACUGCUCUCCAGCAGCAUUGUGUCCACCGGAACCUUGGCAUCGUCGCACAAGCGAAUGUACUUCUGCAACAGACUCCUCCUCCUGUUGUUCUCUUCCUUGAUGUAGAAUCUCAGCUGGUCCUUGCUCAACUGGUUCUUGGACAAUCUUCCAACUGGAGUUGAGAUGUAGUGGAUGGGAGGGAAGACAUGGACGAGGAACAAGCGAGCUCCAGGUGAGAUGUGAUCCACAGCCCAUUUCACAGCAUCCAAAUCAUCUCUCCCAACACCAACAUAUACAUCGCCAUUGCCAUCAACCCCACUACUGCAGGAUCUUCCAACGCUCACAGUGUUCUCUUCCAGCUCCACUAUCUCCACUAUCUCGGAUGACAUCACCCUCGACUUCCUGUAGUGGAAAGAGCUAGAGCUGCUGCUGCCGUUGUUGUUGUUGGUGGCCUCUGUUAGUUCUUCCAUGCUGUUGAUUCUUUUGCUGCGGGGCCUCUGUUAUUGCCAGAGGACUCUGUUAUGGUGGAAAGAGUGAUGAAGAUAACAAGAGAUGAUGGGUUGGUGGAGAUGGGUUGAUUGGCAAUUUGGAAGGAA